UCGCCUCAUUUUGUUCCUGCUCCUACUGACACUCAUCAGCGCGAGAGGUCACGAUCUCCUCGCAGACGUUCCAGAAGCCCCGAACGGACACACCGACGCCGGUCCUACUCCCCCCGCAGCCGAUCAGCCAGCCGGGACGAUUAUCGACGAAACCGUGAUCGCUCGCCCAUGACUAGCACAGGCGCCCCAGGCGGAGGACCAAGUGCAGGAUACAGUGGACAGGCUCCCCAUCGAUCUUACGAGGAACGAGCCGCAGCUCGAGAACAAAUGAUGAACAACAUUCGCGAAUCCUCCCAGCAGGACCGCCGAGUCUACGUCGGCAACCUUUCGUACGAUGUCAAGUGGCACCAUCUGAAGGACUUCAUGAGACAGGCUGGAGAGGUGCUCUUUGCCGACGUGCUAUUGCUUCCAAACGGAAUGUCGAAGGGAUGCGGAAUUGUGGAAUAUGCUACACGGGAGCAAGCCCAACAGGCUGUUGCCCAACUGAGCAACCAGAACCUCAUGGGUCGCCUAGUCUACGUGCGUGAAGUAAGUGACCGUGAGGCUGAGCCUCGGUUUAUCGGAGCAACUGGCGGCAACCGCGGCGGCUUCGGCGGCGGCAUGCCUGGCGGUGGUGGCGGCGGCGGCGGAUUCAACCCCGGAUACGGCGGCGGUGCGCCUGGCGGCGGCGGUCGUCAGAUCUACGUGGCCAACCUUCCCUUCAAUGUAGGCUGGCAAGAUCUCAAGGACCUCUUCCGACAAGCUGCCCGAAAUGGUGCCGUGAUUCGCGCCGACGUCCACAUUGGACCCGACGGCCGUCCCAAGGGAUCCGGCAUUGUUGUUUUCGAGAGCCCCGAUGAUGCUCGCAACGCUAUUCAGCAAUUCAACGGCUACGACUGGCAGGGCCGAGUCCUUGAGGUUCGCGAGGACCGAUAUGCCGGCAGUGGUCCUGGCAUGGGCUUCGGCGGCCGCGGCGGCUAUGGCGGAAUGCGAGGUGGAUUCGGCGGAGGCUUUGGUGGUCGUGGAGGAUUUGGCGGAGGCCGUGGAGGCUUCGGCGGCGGCUUCGGUGGCCGAGGUGGCUUCGGUGGUGGCGGCGCAGGCGGUCCCGGCUUUGAGCCCCCUGCCAGCUCCGUCCCUCCUAACCCCUUCACUGACUUCGCUACUACUGGCACUGAGCGCAGCGAGACCAUCUAUGUCCGCAACCUACCCUGGUCGACCAGCAACGACGAUUUGGUUGAGCUCUUCACCACCAUCGGCAAGGUGGAGCAGGCCGAGAUCCAGUAUGAGCCCAGUGGCCGUUCCCGCGGCACUGGUGUUGUCCGCUUCGACUCUGCCGAGACGGCCGAGACAGCCAUCGCCAAGUUCCAGGGCUACCAGUAUGGUGGUCGUCCCCUGAACCUCAGCUUCGUCAAGUACCUGAACCAGGGCGGUAACGAUGUCAUGGACACGGACCCGCAUGGAGGCUUGACCCAGGAUCAGAUCAUGUAAGAGGGCGGUGGUGCAUGUCCACCGGAACUGGGCGUCUGGCGGCUUUGACGCUCCCAAGCGAUGACGGUUGAACAUUUCUUUUCCGGCAGAGGUGACAGUCGUCUCCCUUUGCUUCGUUGCUUCUCUACUGGAAUCGUUCUUUCUUUUGGUCUCAUUUCUUUUUUCACGCUGGCAACAAAAGUUGGAGGUUCUCGACGCCAGGGUCUUUGCGUAUGGAUACGCGGUCGAACUCUACCUCGAGGAUGGAUCGACGCUUUUAAUAUGUUGAGGGACAACUGGCGAGGAGGUUUAAGGGAUUCACUCACUGAACAGCACGACCGAUUUGACCCCUCCUCGAAACGUUGACGACGGCGCCAGCGGCAUCCAGGAAGCCGGGGUUGUUCUGUCGGCUGAGUGAAUCGAAGGGGCGACACCUCGGGGCGCAGCCCUCACAGAUGGUCCUACCCUACCUAGAAUGUAACUCGAGUAACUAUCUGAUGGUAUUCAAGAAUGAUGGCAGGUGGUUUUGGUGAAAGGGGAGAGCGUAGGAUAUGUGCGGACGUGCGUAGCAUCUCGGGGCGCAUGGCAGUUUGUCGGGCCGGGUGAGCGAUUCUAGUGAAGGUUGUGCAUGUCCAUCAUGACUGGACGAUGAUUGCCGGCGUUGAGGAGUAAUCUGGCCUUGUCUUAUGCACUAUAAGUAACGAGGACAAGGAAGGUGACUGGUGAAGGUCAUGGCCUCGGCGUUGAUAGUAAUGACGACGUUGAACAUUUUCAUCUUUUGAA